CUUUGCCUCUGAAAACUGCCUUUUUUCCCCUUUCUCUUCUCAGACAGUGAGACCUUUGCUGUGGCACUUGACCCACGGUGAGAGGGUUUGUCCUCCCUCCUCAUGUGGUUAGUUUCUUUCCUGAUUAAAAGCGAUUAAAUAGCCCUAAAGCCUGCAGAAAUGUGACUGAGGGGAACGGAGACAAAGAGCCCCUUCAAGAUACCUUAAAUCCCCAGGGCAGUAUUUAGAGAGCCCUGAAGAGAGAACUGGAGCAGAAAGACCCUGCCAGGACCUCCCCGUCCUUCUCCCUCCUGCUUCACCCUUCGUUGCCAGCAUCUCCUCCACCAUGUCAUUCUCUGAAGCAGAGGUGCAAAGUGCCCGGGGUGCCUGGGAGAAGAUGUAUGUGGAUGCUGAGGACAACGGGACAACCGUGCUGGUCAGGAUGUUUACUGAGCACCCAGACACCAAGUCCUACUUCACACAUUUCAAAGGCAUGGACUCUGCUGAAGAGAUGAAACAGUCAGAACAAGUCAGGGGCCAUGGCAAGAAGGUUUUCACUGCCAUCAACGACAUGGUGCAACACUUGGACAACUCCGAGGCUUUUCUUGGGAUAGUGAACCCACUUGGCAAGAAACAUGCCACCCAGCUGAAGAUUGACCCCAAAAACUUUAGGAUUAUCUGUGACAUUAUCUUACAAUUGAUGGAGGAGAAAUUUGGUGGAGACUGCAAAGCUUCCUUUGAGAAGGUGACCAAUGAAAUCUGCACUCACCUGAAUAAUGUCUACAAAGAGGAGGGUUGGUGA